GUCAAAAAAUUCAACACACCCAGCAGUGUGAGGAGACCUGAAAGUGGCACAUGGCAUGGCAGAGUGUGGCGAUGGAGACAGCAGCAAUGGGAAGGUCCCGUACAGGGACCCAUGAGAGACUCUGGACCUGGCAGCAGCAUGAGAGAGCGGAUAUAGGGGCCCAUGGCAGAUUAGGGGCCUGGCAGCAGCUAUGGGAGGCCCGUAAUCUGCCAGCACCCUAUGUCAAAAAAUUCAACACACCUGCAGUGUGUGAGGAGACCUGAAAGUGGAUCACAUGGGCAGAGUGUGGCGAUGGAGACAGCAGCAAUGGGAGGCCGUACAGGGACCCAUGAGAGACUCUGGACUUGGCAGCAGCAUGA